AUGGAACGAUUUGCACAACGAUAUCCAUCGAUCUUCUUUGCUAGUUGGCAUCCCGGUUGGGUAGAUACACCAGCUGUGCGUACAGCAAUGCCAUCUUUUUACUCGAAGAUGCAAAGUCGACUUCGCACACCCGAACAAGGGGCGGAUACACUCGUAUGGCUUUGUUGCUUGAAAGAUAUUGCGAAUCGGUUUGCCAAUGGUGAAUUCUUUCAAGAUCGAACUGUUGUUUCGAAACAUUUACCAUUAGCAUGGACAAAAUCGAGUGUCGAAGACGAUGAACGACUCAUGAACAAUCUCGAGGAGAUCUGCAAGAAAUAUUCCCAGUGA